AUGAAAGGAAGUGGAUAUGACAUCGAACAUAUUUUUGAGAAUUCUUUUAUUUUAGAAUUUUAUUUGAAUAAUCUAACAAUAAGUCCGGAUAUGAAGGUAAAUAGUCUAACACAUAAAUUCACAUCUCUACCUUCACAACUACCAAUCCUGUAUUUAAAACUACUUUUACGAUUAUUCUUACGUCGUUUAUUUCCUGCAAUAUUAUUGAUUGUCAGUCUUUAUUUUUUCAUUGCUAAUACCAAAAAAAAAGAGUAUGAACAAUCUACUCAACCUACGAUUACAACUACCGUCUGUCUUAGCGAUUGUGAUUUUAUACCAUCAACUGAUGAAUUUAUUCGUACAUAUACUCCGAAGACAUUACUUGGAACUAAAAAUGAUACAACUCGUGUUGAACCAACAGUUGAACGAAUUCGUCUUCUUUUGGAAAAAAUUCGAUCAAAAGAAGACAAGUAUCAAUCAAUUUUAAAUACAUUCGAUGUUUUCAAUAUGACAAAUCCUAACAUAUCAUUUAAACCAUAUUUAUUUGGAAGUAAUGUAGAUGAAAUAAAAAUAUUAUACAAUCGUUAUAUUAAAUUAAUGAAUGAUAAUAAAACGAUUCAAAUUGAUGAAACAUUUAUUGAUUAUUUAAGAAAAAUUUCAAGUUAUUUAUCUGAUAGUUUAAAAAAUCAAAGAACCAAUACAUUUCCUGUUAAAUGUUCUCGUAAACCAGUUUUUGUUCUGGCUUCCGAUGGAGGUUUUUUUGAUGGUCUUCAAGGUACUAUUCAUACAUUAGAUACCUUUUGGCCUAAUUAUACAAUUAUCGUUUAUGAUAUGGGCUAUUCACCUGCACAAAAAAACUUACUUAAAACAAAAUGUAAACAAUGUACAGUUAUCCAAUUUCCAUUUGCUUCUAUUGAAAAAGUUGCACCACAUAUUCGUACGUUAGGCAAUUAUGCAUUUAAACCAUUUGUUGUUCAGGAUGCUCUUCGUCGUUAUGGACAAAUUAUUUAUGGUGAUUCAUCAGCUCGUUUUAAUCAUAAUUCAUUCGAUCCAGUUUUAUACGACAAUUACAUUCGUGGUUUUGCUGCUCGUGAAUUACCUGGUCAUUUUUUACCUUGUUAUACUCGAAGUGGUGCUUUUAGUUAUUUUAAUCAAUCAUAUACUAACUAUGAUGAUAUAUAUAUGGCUGAAGCAAAUUUCUUAGUUGUUACAGAUACAUUUUUAACACGUCUAAUUAUGAAAGCAUGGUUAAUGUGUGCACUUGAUACAGAUUGUUUAAUUACUGAGAGUACAAAAGCACUGUGUAGUAGAACAUCUGCUGGAGUACAUCGAUAUGAUCAAAGUGCAAUGGUAAUUAUUUUAACACAUUUCUUCUUUCAAGGUAAUAGAUUAGGAUGGUUAAAUGGAAAUGCGAACGAUCCAACACCGUAUGAUAUGUUUACAAGUGUCAUAAAACAUUUAGGUGAUAUUAAACGUGGUGAACGUGAGCCAAAUUAUCUGCCAGAAAAAAAGAUACCAUAG